CCGAGUCUCUGCCCCCUCCCCUCGGCGGCCGUUGCUAGGAGACGGCGGGACGCUGAGCCCCUCCCUCAGGCCCCACGUGCGGGCCCGGGACGGGAGACCCGCUCCCCGGCGGAGAGGCCGCCCCCGCCCGCCUUGAUGGGGCCGCGGGAGCGGUGGAGGAGCCCCCGCCGGGACUGCGGCUGCAGGGCGAGCCCCUUGCCCGGGGCAGCCGCAGCAGCUCCGCCAAUGGGCGCCAGCGGGGCUUGCUUCUGAGUAGGCCAGCGGGCGAGGGGCCUCCCCGGGCUGCCCUCUUGUUGCCGUCCGCCCUCCCACCUGUGGCCAGCUCGGUCUCUGAAGGCCCAAGAUUUCCCCGGCGGGGUUCCUACAUGGAUCGCGCCCACCUGGAGAGGAAGGGGGGCGGCGGCUGCCUCCUUACCUCCCUCCCGGCCGGGCCUUCAAGAAAAAGAUUGCUGACCUCAGCUCCAGGGCUAAGCGCUUUGCCUUUCGCUGCCCAGCCUGGUAGCAUCCGCCUGCGCUGGAAGCCGGCCUGCAGUGUCGAGCUCCCUGAGACUUGGGCUGACAUGCGUGAGCCGCUUCUGGAGGGGAUGGGCUUUGCCCUCAAGUACCUGGGCAUGACACUGGUGGAGAAGCCGAAAGGGGAGGACAUGGCAACGGCAGCUAUCCACCGGAUCAUUGACAUGGCUCGGGUGGGGCCCAAGAAGUUCCGGAAGGUGGUUCUGACUGUCUCGCCACGAGGCCUUUCUCUGCAAGAUGCUGAGACCAAGGAGACCAUUGGAAACAUCUCCAUUUACAGGAUUUCCUAUUGUACCACAGACAAGCUGCAGAACAAAGUCUUUGCCUACGUGGCCCAGAACCCCCAGAGUGGAGCUCUUGAGUGCCAUGCUUUUCUGUCGCCCAAGAAGAAGAUCGCCCAGGCGGUGACUCUUACUGUGGCUCAGGCUUUCCAGGUGGCCUUGGAUCUCUGGGAGGCUGCGCAGGCAGGCUCCAGGGAAGAGGAGGGGGAGGAGCAGCAGCCCACCUUCGGGCCACUGUGCCCUGUGGAAAGCACCUGCCAGCCUGCCAGGUCACCUGUUGGCAGCCCCCCCUUCAAGACAAACUUUGAGGAAGAAGAGGAGGAGGAAGGUGGUCUCAAUGAAGCCUUCUCUGGAUGUGGGAGGGCCUGUGUUGGGGGGCUCUCCAGUCACGCGCCUCCAGCCAGUGGCAGCCUGGGGCAGCAGCCCUCCAGCAGCUCCCUGCCGCCAGGGAUGUUUUUCUAAGGCACCUCCUGACACUGUCGCCGCCAUCCUUGCUGUUAACCUCCUGGACUGUUCCUUGUCUGCCAUUUGCAAAGGACUGGCCAGUCUUCUCCCAACCCCCCAAAGUGGCGCUGCCUUUCUCUGAGCCUCAGCCUCUCUUAGUGGCAGCAGCAGUGGCCUCAGGCCCCCAGCAGCACUUGGGGUGCUCAGCUGGAAUCCUCCACCGUGGUUGGGGGGUUGUGUCUUGGAACUCUUCUGUGUCUGCUGUCUGCGCACACAAACAUGGCCUGGACCUUGGGCGGGGGGAGUGUUCAGAUUUUCAGCAAAGACACACACACGCUGCCAUAUUGGGAAGCGCUGCUUUGAGUGCAGCUCAAUCCUCCCUUCUUGCCUCCCCUCUGCCUGUCAGGCUCCGGGGGGGGGGCGGCCUCCCCUUCCAGUAGCUCAUCACUGCCAAAUCACAGCUUUGUAGCAAAAGAGGAGUUUUUAAUGUCCUUUCCUAAAGAGAAAUAAACUAUUUCUACUGCUGUUGUA